GGGUCAUUCGCAUGAAUUGCAUACGGUAUAUGUGCCCUGUUCUUCAUCUUCCUCGUUCAACUUUUUUUUUUUUUUUUUUUUUUUCGUCGAUCGCACUGCCAGGAUUUGGAAGGCUAUCAACAUCUUAUCGCAACGUCUCUUUGUGCACAAAACGGGAAACGGAAUACACAAAAACAUCCACCAAAUAUGGUGCGCGGGGACCCUCGAUAUACAAAACGGAGCAGGCAUUGUCUCUUAUACAUACUGUCCCCCUCUCUUGCUUUUUCUCUUGAUUGUUGUUCUAUUUUGCUGCUCUUGUGUGCUGUGACUGGCCACGCAUCUUUGAAUAUCAUAUCCGACCGGCAUGAUCAUCACCAUCAUCAGUUAUUAUUGUCAAUAUACCAACAUAGCAGGGUGCCAGGCGAGUGGGGUUUAUUGCUUUUGUUGUCUGCUCAUCAUUACUUGCAUACCUCGAUUGUUUUUAUGUCAUGUGUGUUUGUGUGCUUGUGUGCUUGUACUACUCGGAGAAAACCCCCUUAUUUUCUUCUGCCCUGCGAUUCUAUUCCUCGGUUUCACAAUUUCUACAGGAGGGAGAAUGCAGAUGGGGAGAUGUUUAGACAUUGGAAAAAUUUCACAUAAGGCAGAAAUAUCUGAAAAGAAAUGAGAAAAAAAACUUGACAAAUACAUAUAUGAACGAUCACUAUCCUAUGCUUCUUGGUUAUCUGCAAGGAUGGUAGUACAGUCAGUAUCAGUAGAAGUCGACUGGACUGUACUUCGUGUGGCUUCACCCGGAAAUCGGCCGGAAGGACGGUUGUUUGGACUACGGCGGACGGGAGAGACCAAGAUGGGAGCUCCACCCAACCCAACUCCA